CACAACGGAAUACUCUACCAUUGAAAAGACAAACGAUUCAUUGAGUGGUGGACAAGUAUUGGUAAACUUCGGAAGAGAUUGUUCUAACAGUCAAGAAAAUUCUCCUUCCGAUAGCAAGCAUAACCUGCACGAUGAUGAGAAUGGAGUGUAUAACUCUUUAUUCGAGAUUCAAGAGAACACAGUGAAAAACUGCGAUCAAUUGUACAAUCACAUGUGUGAAUUUGAUUUUGCUUACAAUGACUUUCAUUUCCCUGAAGAAUGCACGAGAGAAAUGGAAAAUGCUGAAUAUUCAUGUAUAGAAAUUGAGAGGGGUUAACCAAUUGUCAUUGAAUUAUCAUUUUUCGUCGGCAUCGAUUUUCCUGAAUUUAAUAAAAAUAUAGUUUAAAGUUUACGCAAAUUCUUAAUAAUGAUCAUAUCAAUAUAAUGUGUUAUUAAAAAUUGAACCUCGAUAAACAAUUACUUUAUUGAUCAACUCAUCAACAAUAUCUAUUGGUAUUCAUCAAAUAUGGAUGAAUUUACAGUACACCCUCUUCCUUCUUAGAUAGACAGGGCUGCGUUUUACAAAAGAACUUACGACUUACGACCAAAUUAAUGAAUGCUAAUAAAUCACUAACUAAUCACUAAUCACUAUUUUAUUCUAAUGGCUGUAAAUAUAAUUAUGGAAAUCAAAAUAGUUGUAAAUAAAUGGUUCUAUGUAAAAUUUGUUUAUUAAAGACCAUUCUACGAAUCUAGAAAUAUUUAAGACUUUGUCGUAAGUUCUUUUGUAAAACGCAGUCCAGAUUGAUCAUUUUGGGGGAAGAUAUUUUGUGCUUGCUACAAGUAUACGGAGACUUGUGUUGUUCUAUAUCGCAAUGGUUAUUUAUAGGCGUACAUAAUCCUACGAUAUAAGGAAGGAAUUUUGUGUCUUCCAAACUGUGAGUAAAUAUAAAUGAUUCUGAAUAGUCACUGUUUCAUACAUUACAAAAUUCAUAUUACAUCUAUUUCACUUGUAAAUUUUUUUUCCACCAAACUUGUUUGAAACGUACAAACACACAAUUCUUUUCUUUUUGGCUGAAAUACAAAAUGUCGUAUACUUACAGCGCAUUUUAAGGAUGUAUGAGGAAACUGAUCAUAAAACUCAUUUGUGCCGUCAGCUCAUUGAGAAACCACAGUUUUUAAUAGGAAGAUCCGGAGAGAGCUUGUAAGAAAAAAAAACCAUGAAGACAGUAGAAAAAUCUUGUAGCCCACGGAACAGCUGUGAGAAAUGCAGUAUGUUUAAUGUGACACAGUUUGGCAUAGAGAAAGAAAAUACAUUUAUUCAGAUCUCUGACAACUGUACCAAAUAUUAUAAAUAUUCUUCUUUUGAUCCAUUUAUCAAAGUUUACGAGGAUGGAAAAACAUUAAAAUUUAACGGAUCUCGCUGUUGUGAGGGAACCCGCAUUUUAUCGAUAUCAAACGACGAAGGGGAGACAACAAUUGACUCCGAAUCGACAACAAGUGCUCUGACGGACAAUAUUACCGUUACAGACAAUUCGAGCCUACAUGUAUCUACAGUUUCAACUGAAGAAAAUUUUAAUAAAACUGGGCCAUUUUUAUUAGAUCCAAACUUGACGAAAACAAUAACAAUAAGUGUGUUGGUAGUGGCACUUAUUGGAAUAAUCGCCAUCUUUGGUUCUAUACUGAUAAUUUGUUAUAAAAGACGAUCAAAAGUUAUUCAAAAGCGAUCCAAUCCUGAAUACUUUGCAGAAAAUCAAAUAUACAGUGAUGGAGUUGCAGAGUACUCAACUGUAGAGGAAUCGGCCAUUCUAAUGGAGUCCUUGACUCAGCACAGAAAUCUACCAAAGAUGGAUGAAACACCUUCUGACAAUUAUUUUAUUCUUGAAUCAAAUAAAAAGGGAUACAAUGCUGCGAAAGUUACACACUCAAAUCAAUCUGGACGACGCAAAUCCCAGGAUGAAAUAUAUAAUGUAUUGCAUGAAAAAGAUAGAAGAUCUAAGGAAACGGACGAGAAUGCGUACAGUCAUUUUGUGGAUUUUAAUGACAGUUUCUACAGCAGAACAGUUCAUUGAUGAAUGAAUCAGCAAUAUGGACACAAUGGCUAUCUGAUCUGCAUCUUUUACAUUGCAAUGCAGACUUUUUCCUGCAAGGAGUGGGUCCUAUGCCCACUUUUAAUAACUUUACUACUUUAACUUUAGAGGUUUAAAUUUUCUAUAGGACUGGGCUGGGAUCUGGACCUCAUCUGGCCAUGUGUUAGAAUUCAAAUCAACAACAAUAUAGUACUAUUUUAUAAAAUAAAAAACAAAUAAAAGACA